AUGAAGUGGGGGAUAGCGAGUUCAUUGCUGGCGCUACUCGCAACAACAGCGACAGGCUGGCCCUACGAGGAAUCUCUGGUUGACUAUAACCUAAACGCCAACAAAGACGCUACCGACCCGGUCGACUAUUUCCACCCAGAAUGGAAGGGUCACAAAUACCACCCGUCGCCAAAGAGCUGGCGGUUCCCGUUCUACACCUUGUUCCUUGACCGAUUUGUCAAUGGCGAUCCUACCAACGACAACAUCAACGGAACCAGCUUCGAACAUGAUUUGUCCUCGACUCAGAUGCGCCAUGGAGGUGAUGCGGUUGGCCUGGUUGAUACAUUGGACUAUCUUCAGGGAAUGGGAAUCAAGGGAAUCUACCUGGCAGGGACCAUCUUGAUGAAUCAACCCUGGGGCGCCGAUGGUUACUCCAUUCUCGAUACCACCCUCCUUGACCAGCAUUAUGGAAACAUCAAGGUCUGGAGGGACGCGAUUUCGGAGAUCCACAAGCGAGGGAUGUAUGUGGUAUUCGAUAAUACCAUUGCGACCAUGGGCGAUUUGAUUGGUUUCAAAGGGUACUUAAACGAGACUACUCCGUUCUCGAGCAAGGAAUACGAAUCUGUAUGGAAAUCUGAGCGACAAUACGUUGACUUCCGUCCUGGCAAUUCCUACAACAAGACGUGCAAAUACCCCGAGUUCUGGGACGAAACGGGGUUUCCGGUUGAGAAAAAGGUCGAUGACAAGCUCGUGGGGUGCUACGACAGUGACUUCGACCAGUAUGGCGACAGAGAGGCGUUCGGUGUUUACCCCGACUGGCAGCGUCAACUAGCCAAAUUCGCUUCAGUCCAAGACCGUCUGCGCGAAUGGCAUGAUCCUGUCCGUGAGAAACUGAUUAAACACUCUUGCAUGAUUAUCAAGGCUCUGGAUAUCGAUGGUUUCCGUUACGAUAAGGCGACCCAAGCCACCGUGGAUGCCCUUGCUGAGAUGUCUGAAGCCUACAGAGAAUGUGCUCGUAGCGUUGGCAAGGACAACUUCUUCCUCCCCGGCGAAAUCACUGGCGGAAAUACCUUCGGAUCUAUCUACCUCGGCCGUGGUAGACGGCCCGACCAAUGGCCCGAUUCCUCGAUGGACGCCAUGGGUAUGACGAACAGGUCGAACCAGCAGUACUUCAUCCGUGACGGUAGCCUGUCGGCCCUGGACGGCUCCGCUUUCCAUUAUUCGAUCUAUCGUACCCUCACACGAUUUCUUGGACUUGAUGGCAACCUGGCCGCAGGCUACGAUACGCCGCUGGACUGGACCGAUGCGUGGAACGUGAUGGUGAUGACCAACGACUUGAUCAACGCCAACACAGGCAAAUUUGACCCCAGACACAUGUAUGGAGCGACCAACCAAGAUGUGUUCCGCUGGCCCGCCCUUGAUUUCGGUGUCGAGAGGCAAUUGAUGGGGCACUUCAUCACGACUUUGCAUCUCCCUGGGAUUCCUAUCUUGCUGUGGGGUGAAGAGCAAGGCUUCUAUAUUUUGGAUGCAACCGCGUCAAACUAUGUUUACGGCCGCCAAGCGAUGUCUCCUGCUACCGCGUGGAAGAACCAUGGCUGUUUCUCUCUCGAUGCCUCGCAAUAUCACGACUGGCCAAUCACCAAAGGUCGGGAAGGGUGCAAUGACGACGCCGUUGCUUAUGACCACCGUGACCCGUCUCAUCCAAUCAGAAACAUCAUCAAGCACAUGUUCCAGAUGCGACAUGACUACCCGGUACUUAACGACGGGUAUUCCGUGGUGAAGUUGUCAAAUCAGACCCGCGAAGUCCAAUACCCGGGCUCGAAUGGCACUGCCACGGAGGUUGGCAUGUGGUCGGUCUUGCGGGAUCGAGUUGCGAAGGUCCAGGAUUUGGGCACUGAAAGCGACAAUCAACCCGUGUGGUUGGUGUACCACAACGUCAACAAGACCGUGGAUUAUAAAUUCGACUGCAAGAGCAACGACUCGGCCUUGAUUUCCGCUUUCACCCACGGAACGACGGUGAAGAACUUGUUUUACCCCCAUGAUGAAUACGAACUUCUGGGAGGGCCAAAGGCUCUUCACCUUAACGGCUCCAAUGCCACCAAUGGCUGCCUCGAACAUCUGACGUUCAAGCCUUUCGAAUUCAAGGCUUUCGUCAACAAGGACAGUUUCCAUGGUCCUCGACCCAUGAUCACCCAAAUCAAGCCAGGUCAUGAUGUUCCCCAAGUAUCGAAGGUCGGUCCUAAUGAGUCAGAGGAUAUCGACGUGAGCAUAUACUUCUCUGAGCAGAUGGACUGCGAUGGCGUUACCAAAUCUAUAUCCUUCGAAUCAACCACGCAUCAGGCUGGCAAAAAACCAUCAGUUUCCAAAGGAAGUGUCGACUGCAAAGCCGUUAAUCGCGGUAAAACAAACUGGACGGGUCAAAUUCCAAACGCAUGGGUCUGGUCGGCAAAGUUGACGGGUGUAUACAACGGUGUACACCGAAUGACGGUGAAGAACGCGGCCAGCUCGUCUGGGGGCGGUUCUACGAAGGCUGUCGACCACUUCCUGAUCCGCGUGGGCCAGCGUGACAACCCUGUGGUAUUUACAUCGGCAAACUAUUCCACCUCGCUAUUGCAAGAAGAGGACGGUGGUAAACUGCGCAUCAAGCAUAACGCAGCAGGCGCUGAUAAAUACCGCUAUUCGACAAACUGGGGCACAUCUUUCUCUGAGUGGAAAGACUACCACGGUGGUACGGACACCAUCGAAGAACUUCCCUGGUCUGGGACAGACAAGCAAAAGUGGCAAGGAAAGCACGUGAAGGUCGAGUACUGGAGCAAGUUGAGUGGAAGCAGUGACUACGUUCAAGAGGGCGAUGUCGGUUAUGAUCGACCUCGACGCUUCCCCCACCUCUACUUCAACGGCCCGUACAAUCAAUUCGGAUACGAUGCUGGCUUGGAUAACAACGUCCACCAGGACAAGGAUGGGAUGUGGUCUCGCAAGUUCAUGGCGGAGUACCCCGCUCAAGCUCAGUACAAUGUCUGGGGGAUGAACCCGGAUGGGCAACCGGACCAGAGUUGGGUUUACGGUGAUGUGGACGGGGACCUUGUCUUGGAUCGCAUGCCUCCUUCGUCGCAAAGUGACGCGGUGGUCAACAUCACGAAAAUCCCCCCAUCGCCUUAUCUCGGCUGGAAUCUACGCCUUGACGAUAGCACUCUUCGCAUUCACCUUGAGCCGGUAGGAUCGCGGCCCACCCAGAUUGCCAUUUAUGUUCUUCUUUGGCUUGUCCCGAUCGCACUGGCCGCAGCUUGUGUUUACGCCUUCAUGAAAUCGUUCUACCAGGUCAAGUUCAAUCAAGUGGGCGUCGUGGAGAAGAAAUCGUUCUUCCGCGGAAAAUUGGCCUCCGGUGCUGCUGGCGACUCGAGCAACCCCCUGACUCGUUUUGCCAACAGGUCGGGGUUCCUCCAGAGUACCCCUGCCUUCGGCGCGGAGGCCGCUCGACGACGCACCACUCUCAUUGCCACCAUGGAAUACGACAUUGAGGACUGGGCAAUCAAAAUCAAGAUUGGUGGCCUGGGUGUCAUGGCUCAGCUGAUGGGCAAGCAUCUCGGAGACCAGAAUCUGGUGUGGGUUGUUCCUUGCGUUGGCGGCAUCAAUUACCCCAGGGACCAGCCUGCCGAUUCCAUGUUCGUGACCGUUCUCGGCAACCCCUAUGAGGUCAAGGUUCAGUACCAUGUGCUGAACAACAUCACAUACGUUCUUUUGGAUGCUCCCGUUUUCCGCCAGCAGACAAAGUCCGAACCGUAUCCCGCGCGUAUGGAUGACUUGGACAGCGCCAUCUACUACUCAGCCUGGAAUCAGUGUAUUGCAGAAGCAUUGAAGCGUUUCUCGCCUGACCUGUACCAUAUCAAUGACUACCACGGAUCUAUUGCGCCGCUUUACCUUCUUCCUCAAACAACCCCCGUGUGUCUCUCGCUUCACAACGCCGAGUUCCAGGGACUGUGGCCCAUGCGAACCCAAAAGGAACGCGAUGAGGUCUGUUCAGUAUUCAAUCUCGAUCUCGAUACGGCAAGACGUUACGUUCAGUUCGGAGAAGUGUUCAAUAUGCUUCAUGCUGGUGCAAGCUAUCUCCGUGUUCAUCAGCAAGGCUUCGGCGCUGUGGGUGUCUCUAGGAAGUACGGAAAGCGGUCUUAUGCUCGUUAUCCCAUUUUCUGGGGACUGAAAAAGGUCGGCAAUUUGCCCAACCCGGAUCCAUCGGAUACUGGAGCAUGGAGCCGUGACAUGCAAAACGCGACUGAUGUCCAGGUGGACCAGGCUUACGAGGACAGCCGUGGAGCUCUCAAACGCCAGGCGCAGGAAUGGGCAGGCCUUGACCAAAACCCUAAUGCCGACCUUCUGGUUUUCGUCGGAAGAUGGUCCCAUCAAAAGGGCGUUGAUCUGAUCGCUGACGUGAUGCCUGCUGUUUUGGAGGCUCGUCCCAAUGUGCAGCUGGUCUGCGUCGGUCCAGUAAUCGAUCUGUAUGGCAAAUUUGCCGCGCUCAAGCUCGACCGCAUGAUGAAGGUUUACCCCGGACGUGUGUUCUCCAAACCCGAGUUCACUGCUCUCCCGCCGUGCAUCUUCUCCGGUGCCGAAUUUGCUUUGAUUCCAUCCCGUGACGAGCCUUUCGGACUGGUUGCCGUCGAAUUCGGUCGCAAGGGAGCCUUGGGUAUCGGCGCUCGCGUUGGUGGUCUUGGCCAGAUGCCAGGCUGGUGGUUCAAUAUCGAAUCCCCGACAACUGCUCACUUGCUGCAACAAUUCAAGCUUGCCAUCGGCAGUGCCUUGGACUCCAAGGCAUCGGUUCGAGCCAAGAUGCGUGCUCGGUCUGCCAAACAGCGUUUCCCUGUGGCCCAGUGGGUCGAAGAUCUGGAAAUCCUACAGUCCACUGCUGUGCGUAUUCAUAGCAAGGGUCAGGCGAAGCUUAAUGGUCAAGGUGCCACGCCCUCCGGAUACAACACACCGAGCGGGAUGAUGACUCCCCCGAUUGCAUCAACAAAUGGCACGAUGACUCCCACUGGAGUUCAUACUCCUCCGCUGGGACAUUCGCGCGAGGGAAGCUACUCCAGCGCCAAUCGCCUCAGCGCUUACGGACCGCAACAACGGAAUACCAUCGUCUAUAGCCGGGAUCCUAGUCCAGGUAGCAACGCCAAACCCAGGUCCGGACUGAGUCGGCAAUUGUCUCUGGGGGUUCGCGCUGGACCUGGUCAUCUUAUGCAUCGUGGACGUCGCUUGAGGAGGGGUCGCAACGGGAACAAUGAGGACAGCGCUGCAAAUUCCAUGACCGAGGAGAGCAGCGAUGAUGACAUUAUCCCAAGCUACUAUGCUGACGAUGAGUACACUCUAACACCUGAGCAACUUGAAGAAAGUCGUCGUUACCGAGGACACUCAAGUCAAGGAUCAUUGCCAAGGCUUCCGUUCCAGGCCCAGUCCACGCCCGAUACUGACCACGACUCGAUCACCGCCUCAAGACAGCAACAGUUGACAGAGCCCGGAAACCGUCUCAGCAGUGCGUCGGUCCUUUCCGUCAACUCAAUCAUUGGCGAGAAGAAAGAUUACAAGCUGCAAAAGGUGGAUCCUUUCUUCACAGACAGCAACGGAGAGUACUACAAGGUGUUCGAACAGCGGCUCGAGACUCUCAAUGGAGCAAACUCGGAAUCCCAGCUCUGCAUCGAAGAGUACCUGGUCAAGAGCGAGAAGAAAUGGUUCGACAAGUUCCGCGACGCUCGACUUGGCCGCAACCAAUCGCCAGCUUCCUCAGUCUUCAAAGCCAAACUCGAAAACUCGUCACCCGUGGGCUCGCUUUCCGGCGAUGACGGGACCUCUCGCGAGAGUGACCCCAGUCCACGUCGGCAGAAGGACGAAUUCCUUCUUGGCGAUGAUUACGUUCCCCCGUCAGGUUUGAAGAAAUGGAUGCAAAUUCGCAUCUUCGACUGGCCGCUGUACUCGCUGUUCCUUGCCCUGGGACAGAUCAUCGCCGCCAACUCCUACCAGAUCACCCUGCUCACGGGAGAAAACGGUCAAACACCCGAGAAGCUUUAUGGAAUUGCAACAGUGUACCUGGUUACGUCUAUCAUCUGGUGGUUCCUCUUCCGCCACUUCAAGUCGGUCAUUGUCCUCACCAUUCCUUGGAUCUUGUACGGUUUCUCCUUCAUCAUUAUCGGUGUGGCGCACUACAGUGCCGACAGCUUCACUCGCAGCUGGGUCCAGAACAUCGGGAGCGGAGUUUAUGCCGCGGCCUCGUCCAGCGGUGCACUGUUCUUUGCUCUCAAUUUCGGUGAUGAGAAUGGUGUUCCGGUUCGACAGUGGGUUUUCCGCGCUUGCAUGAUCCAGGGCAGUCAACAAGCCUACAUCAUCGGGCUGUGGUACUGGGGAACGACCCUCUCUCAAGCGGUCACCGAUGGUGUCGUUAACCCCCAGGGUAAUAUCACGAACACUUGGAAGAUGACUGCCAUCUGCAUACCGAUUGCCGCUUUCCUCUGGGUCAUAGGCCUGCUUGUGUUCUUCGGACUGCCCAACUUCUACCGCCAGACGCCCGGAAAGGUCCCAUCAUUCUACCAAUCCGUCAUGCGCCGCAAGAUCAUCCUAUGGAACUUCGUGGUUGUCAUCCUGCAAAACUUCUUCCUCAGUGCCCCCUACGGACGAAACUGGGCCUUCCUCUGGAGCUCCACCCACGCCCAACCCUGGCAAAUCGGCCUCCUCGUCAUAGUCUUCUUCGGCGUCGCCUGGGUCCUACUGCUAUACAUAUUCGCGCACCUCUCCCGAUCCCACAGCUGGAUCCUCCCCGUCUUCGCCUGCGGCCUGAUUGGCCCCCGCUGGGCCCAAAUCUGGUGGGGCGUCUCCGGCAUGGGCGUGUUCCUCCCGUGGGCCGGCGGUUCCGUAGGAGGCGCUCUCGCUUCACGGAGUCUCUGGCUCUGGCUCGGCAUCCUAGACGCCAUCCAGGGUCUCGGAUUCGGCAUGAUCCUGCUACAGACCAUGACGAGACUGCACAUCUGCUUCACGCUGCUUGCAUCUCAGGUCCUGGGUUCCAUCGCUACGAUCUGUGCCCGUGCGUUCGCGCCGAAUAAUAUCGGCCCUGGGCCUAUCUCGCCGGAUGUCACGGCUGGCCCGAGCGCAGUAGCGAACGCGUGGUUCUGGAUUGCUAUCUUCUUCCAGUUUGUUAUUUGCGGUGGUUUCCUUCUGUUCUUCCGCAAGGAACAACUUACCAAGCCUUAG